UUUUGACCCGUUUCCGCUCUACUUCCUUAACUCCUCCCGUGUAUGCUUUCCACUUCCGUUCUGGCGGGCUCAGGUUUAUGUUGCUAGGUAUCUCCGAUAUCGACGCAGAGACACAGUGUGAAAAAGGAUGGACAACGUAUCGAGGAAAAGUGGUUCGGGAACUACGUGUGCAGUAGUUGGCUGUACCAACUCAAGGAAACACCUGAACGAGUGGUUAAAUAGAGAGUGUUUUGACCACAAACCAGCCACGAAGAGACAAUGUUUAUGUCCUCCGUUGUUUGAGUUUUUUCGCAAGCCUGAUGCCGACUCGGAAUCACGGGCCUGGCUGAAGGCAUUGAAUUUAAAAAAUCCACCCUGCACCGUUUUUGUGUGUUCACAUCAUUUUGUGGACAAGAGACCAACUAAGAAUAAUCCCUUUCCAGAGUUGUGGUUAGGAUACACACGCUUUACCCAGCCAAAGAGGAGCCGAGUCACCGGGCGGACCACUGCCUGCCCAAAGAAGCGUAGACUUCAAUCUGAUGAUGCUCCCGAAACGUGUCAGCCUGCCUGUGAGGCCGAGCCUGCCACACCAAAAUUCCGAGAUGCCCAGACCCAGUGGGAGGAUCCGUCACUGACUGACCACACAUACUUUUCAACAACACAAUCUGUUAAAGUAGAUAAGGCCACACAGUGCGAGGAUCCUACUGUGACUAGCACCACAGUCAUUGAUGAUUCUAGGUCUCGGCUGUAUACAGGAGUGCGCAUGGUUCAAUUUUUCACCAUGGUGAUGGCGUUGUUGCCUUUCGCUAAGCCAUCAAUUACCCUUCCUGUUGUUGACCAAAUCCUGAUGACCUUGAUGAAGCUAAAACUAAAUCUUAUAUUAGGAGAUAUUUCUCACCGUUUCAAUGUGUCUACAUCCAUAGCGAGCAUUGUGAUUAGUCACUGGAUUGGCGUGAUGGGUGAACAGUUCAAAGUCCUGAUCCCCUGGCUUCCAAGAGAGACCAUUCGUGCCACCAUGCCCUUACCGUUUAAGAGGAACUACCCUCGAACCACCAGCAUCAUUGACUGUGCCGAAAGUGCCAUGCAGAGAGCCACAAACCCAGAUUCAAGGAGUGACACUUUCAGUCAGUAUAAAUCACGCAACACUGUGAAAUAUCUUGUCGCUGUGGCCCCUAAUGGGCUAAUCAUGUUUAUAUCUGACGCAUAUGCUGGCAGAAGCAGCGAUAAGUUUAUCGCCAUGGACAGUGGGUUUCUGGACUAUCUAAGGGCUGGUGAUGAGGUCAUGGCGGACCGUGGGUUCACCAUUCGAGACCUGGUUAAUGAAAGAAAGGUCAGUUUGAACAUCCCUGCAUUCACCAACAGGCGCAAUCAGUUGACCAAUGAGGAGAUAACACGAACCAGGCGAGUAGCCAAUGUCUGCAUACAUUUGGAAAGAGCAAUCCAGAGACUGAAGGUCUUUAAGAUUUUAUCCCAGACCGUUCCCAUCCGCAUGGCACGUAAACUGGACAACAUCUUGACCAUCUGUGCUGGCCUAGUUAACCUAAGAAGUCCACUGAUCAGAAUGCCUCGUGAGGUUUAGAAUCUUGCCAUGUGUCCCUGUGUGCAUACUAGUAUUGGUUAAUAUUGUAAAUGAUUGUUAUAGUGAUGUUAUUGUGUGGGCUUGUUUUGUAUUUCACUUUUUAAUACAUGUUAGGAUUAAAUACAUGAUCUUUCUUGUUGAA